CAUGAAGCUCAACCUCAAAAAGUUCCAUCAAAUCCAGAAAGGUUCGAUUCAACUGUCUGUGUGUUGGGCUCUCAAGGCUUCUCCUCUGGAAAGCACUACUGGGAAGUGGAUGUUGGGAAGAUCAGUGACUGGGACGUGGGAGUGGCCAGAAAAUCGACAAAGAGAAAAGGAAAACUUUCCUUAUCACCUAAAGAGGGAUUCUGGGUUCUAGGUCUGAGUGGCAGAGAUUAUUGGGCAAAAACAGAUCCAUGGACCUUGGUCAUGGUGCAGAAAAAGCCCAAGAAAAUUGGAAUUUACCUUAGUUACCAAGAGGGGCAGGUGAUUUUUUUCAAUGUAACUGACAUGUCUGUGUUGUUCACAUUUAACAAUUGCUCAUUCUCAGGAGAGAUUUAUCCAUUCUUUAAAAAUUCCCACAAAGAAACAACAAUGAGAAUUUGUUCAUUUAAACGAGAAGAAUAA